AUGCAUGACAUUUCACAUCACAUUGAAAAUUUAUUGACAGAGCUACCAGCGCAUAUAGAGGAUGAGUCAUGUAGAAAAAAAUUAGAAGAAGCAGUUGGAUUAGCUACAGGGAAGAAAGAAACAAGGCGGGCAGUGGAUUACCGAUGUUCUUUAAUAACAAUCUCUUGCUAUGUGAGAGGAACAGCCAGCCCUUGAGAGCAACAUCUUCUCGACACAAUGGUUGACAUCCUUUACGGGCAAGACAGAUUCAGAUCCCACGUUUAAUUCUCCAUUUCCAUAACUCCAGCUGGUACCACCAUACUCUUUGUCAAGAAAUAGUCGGCUUUAAGAGCGCUUGUCUGUAAAAAUCAGACAAAUUCUAAAUUUCGCGGCAAGGGUGAAAAAUUCGAUUUCUUUCUUAUUUUAAUAUUAGAUAGGCUAUACUAUAACUAAAAUCACUGGAUACUUUUUUCGACAAAAUAUCUUUUUAUUUCAGAGAAAAAUACAAAUCACAAAAUUCCGUUAAAAUCGUCAUUUUUAACAGCAAAUUAUUGCACAAGUUUGAGGGCUUCGCAUUCAAAAACGAAUCACAAACUCGUUUUUUUAGCGCUCAAAUCUUCUUUUUUAACCUCAUAAGACCUCACAAAACGAUUUUUGUAAACACUGCGUUCCUCUUUGCGUGUUGUUACGGGAAAAUUUACUGAUUUUCCCGUGUGUGUUAUUCGGUACAUAUUUAUUCGUAAACUUUCACAUUUAACUAUUUCAAGUCCUUUCAUUUUAAAAAAUCAAAAAAAUGCAUAAAAACCACAAUGGCUUUUGGAAUGGAUUUUGUUGAUUACUCACUUUUACUAUGCACCUGGUUGUCGGCACUUUUGUCAUUUAUUACAUGGUUUUUUUUAGGUAAAUAUAAGUGUUAAUGGUCUUUCUGGAAACAUUGGUUUUCAUGGUAGUUGACAGCUGAGUUUAUACGCGUAAAUUUAAUUUCUUUUCAUGCGAUGGUUUCCAAACCAAUCUUGCAUAGAUAAGCAGAAACUUUUAAUUGCUUUUCCGUUUUUAUUUCCUGAGCUGCGCUGCUGCAAUUAAGAUAGGUAUUGUUUUCUAUAUUAGAGCUGUAAAUUCGCACCUAGGUUUCCUACUAUAACGGCCUAGAGUUUAUUGCAUCCGUCUUUUUAAUUUUGAGAUUCUUUCCGUCGUAGAAACAGAUGGAAUAUUUAAGUAGUUUUCGUUUAACUUCAAAGAGAUCUUUUCCGCUCCUUUGUGUCCUUAUUCAAAUAUUGCGAUUUGUGUAACAAUAGCACUUCACACCAGUUACUUCUUAAGCAAGUACCUUGUAUAGCUUUGAUGAUUACAAACUAGAGUAUGCUAGAGGUCAUGUCGCUUGUUGGCCUGACCUAGAAUAAAAGUACUGUGGAACCAAGAUUGUCUUAUCCUUGACGUCCGUAUAAACUCGCUCGAAGUAGAUCUCCGUGUACCAGGAAAUCGUGACAAGUUUCCGUUCUCGCUGCCAAGUGGUCUCUACCGAGUUAUUUCCCCCAGUUGUUAUUGUUCCGUCCGCGAAGAUUCAGUUUUCCAGUUAGCGAGCGAAAAACUAUCGUCACAGUGUAAAAUAAUUUAAUUUCGAAAGCAUACAUUUCUCUUCAAUAAAAGUACUUUGUGAGUAAAGUUAAUAUUCAGCAUGUGCUAAACCUUCAAAUGGAUUAAGCUUUGGGUGGUAGAAUUGCGAAAAGAUGUUCUUAAUAUUACUGUAAAAAUUUCUUUGGGCAAAUUAUUGAGAGCGAUACGAAAGCUUUUCAAAGUCUGUUAAAAUGCAGUUAUUUGACCUUUCGCGGUCAACAUUCCAGUUGCGAGUCACACACAUACUUUAAUAUGAUUCAACCCAUAUGAGGCCGGAAAAUGUACAUGGGUACAUAUUUCCAAAUGUUCUAACCUCAUUUGCCGUAGAAGAAAGAUCGAAAGACCAUUUUACCGUGGUUAUCUUGUCGCUAGUCGUAUUUAUAACGUCCGAUGAAACUGCCUGUCAAUCUGCGAACUGUCACCAACCUUCGUUGUAAAACUUUUGACAUCUUUCUGCACCGUGGCAUCUUAUCCAGCGGUUCAGUUGACUGUGAGCGUUGUUCGGUUUGUGGUGCAGUAGAUCUGAGCGAUGCUUUUAAAAGUGGCACUACACAUAUGUUGCAGUCAACGUAGUUUUGUAUACGGAGAGUCGUCACGCAAUGCAAAUCAUGCAAUGGAAAGUUAUUUUUUAGGAGGUAGGGGAAGGGGAAAGUAAAAAGACGUCAUUCUGCUGCUAAGCUUCUUUAUUGUUGUGAACAUCAAAAUCUCUUAUAUGUAAGUCGCGGAGAUCGGGCCUUUGGCCAAUACUCGUUGAAAAGCUAAAUUCAGUACCUGCUAAAAAUAGUAAGCCUAAGUAAACAAAACCUGGUUUAUGAUAAUUACACGAUGCCUUUUCUUCGCUAAGAGGCUGGGCUUCGGACUUUGUUUUUCACAAAUACACUAACUUACACCGUCAACUUUGUUACAUAGAAAAUGGAAGGUUGUUGUUCGUUCAAGUCGCUUACAGGCGGAGUUUGUGAUUACAACUUUAGAGAUCGAAUGUGUGAAACGGAAAUUGUUCCUUUACUUUCAUGCACCAAGAAUAUCGCAAGUCAUGAGUUGGCUUUCAAAUUUACCGGUCCUGAAGAUGAGAUCGACCUUAUUUUCUGCCGAGCGCACAUAUGUCGGCCUCUCUGUAGUUUAAGGUUUUAAACGGAAGUUGGUCUGUUAACAGUGGUUAAGAGUACCACUCCCUUAUGCAAGCCCCACCCAUUGGCCACGGAACAUAGCACCCCAGCCUCACAUAAGCCACACAUCCCCACCACUGCGUUUUGUAGCAUGGUGUUGUAAAAAUGUACAAAAGGUUCUCUUUCAUGCUAUUAGGGUAUUCCUUGCAAUUUUAGUGUAAAGAAAAACACCCCUAAUAGGUACGACAGGCACAGAGCGCCAAAAAAACAAGAAUAAUUCCCUGCAAUAAAUAAAUGUAUUUUACUGUUUGUCACCAGACAAAGAUGACACUAUUGCAAAAAUGUUUACAGAAUAAAAUAUUUUUUAGUUUCCAAGAGUUCAAUUCUGAUAGUGCUUAAUUAUAUGGAGUUUUGCCCUUCACCUAUCCCCUAAAGUUCCUGUCACCGGUAUUGCGUGACAACCCAAAUACUCAAAGGCGUACAUGUUUGUAGUCAACUCAGUUUAGCAUUGAAUUAGACUGUCAGAUGUAAUCUUUUAUUGCAUUGUAAACUGAGCAAUACUCGCAGUCAACUGAACGGUUGAAUAAGAUGCCACAGUGAAGAAAGAUAUCGAACGUUUGACAACAAGAUGGUGUUCGACAGGGUUGGUGGUUUCAUCGGACGUUAUCAUUUAUACAGACCUAAAACGACGAACGACAAGAGAAUCACUCUAAAAUGGUCUCUGGUUCGGUCUUCUGCGGCAAAUGAGGUAAGAGCAUUUGGAAAUAUCUUUUUAUGUACAUUUUUCGGCCUCCUAUGGGUUGAAACAUAUUAAAAUAUGUGUGACUCGCGACUGGAAUGUUGACCGCAAAAGGUCAAAUAACUGCACUUUAACGGACUUUGAAAAGCUUUUGUAUCGCUCUCAAUCAUUUGCCCAAACAAAUUUUUACAGUUAUAUUGAGAACAUCUUUUCGAAAUUCAACCGCCAAAAGCUUAAUCCAUUUGAAGGUUUAGCACAUGAUGAAAAUUAAUUUUAUUCACGAAGUAUUUUUACUGAAGAGAAAUCCAUGCUUUCGACAUUAAAUUAUUUUAAGCACAAAGAAGAGCGCAAUGUUUACGAAAUCAUUUUGUGAGGUCUUAUGAGAUCGAGAAGGAAGAUUUGAGUGUUUAAAAGACGAGAUAGUGAUUCGUUUUUGCACGCGAAGCUCUCAAACUCGUGCAAUAAUUUGCUGCUAAAAAUGACGAUUUUAACGGAAUUUCGUUAUUUGUAUUUUUCUCUGAAAUAAAAAGAUAUUUUUCCAAAAAUAGUAUCCAGGGAUUUUAGUUAUAGCCUAGCCUAUCUAACAUUAAAAUAAGAAAGAAAUCGAAUUUUCCACCCUUGCCGCGAUAUGUUUGAUUUUUAAAGACAAGCGCUCUUAACACUCAGAAAAUGACCUGACCUAACAUCCCAUGCCCCAAUGCAACUAAGUAUCAACUCAGGACGCUCUUCAAAUGCCGAAGAAGAAGAGAUAACAUUCAACACAGUCAAAUCAAUUACUAACAACACAUCAUGCUAUCGCCCUGGCCACAUUAUCAGCAACAUAUUCAUUCGCUUACAGGCUGAGAAAAAAUUAGGAAGAUCAGAAAACUGUGUUGAAAAACAAGAAUCACAAGUUUCUCGCUUGGCACAUUCACUUCCACUGCAAAGCAACACAAGAACUCCAAAGGAACUCAUUAAGAAACAUUCACGAUCAUGGCAAGCACACUUAGAAAGAAUUAGUGAUUUUUUGUUGCCAGGAGAGGGUGUGUGGGGGUGUCAAGAUGAU